AUGAAUUCAAUAGACGACAUAUCUAGUACGUGUGAAAAUGAGAGCGGUGAUAAAAAUUGUGUUGGUGAAAAACUUGUAUACAAUUGCGGAUCCGAAUCUGAAUUGGACAGUGAAAACGAAACGAUUGAUGUGAUUUUGUCGUCGACUUCUACCUGCGCAGAGCUGAGUGCCCUCAACAGUGCUGAGCUGCUAGCGGGGCAUGCGUACGCGCACUGGCUCGCUACACAACAACCUGCGUCUACGUUUUACGACGACAAAAACAACAGGCGCCCGCGACGAUCAGGCCCAGAGAGGAAACCCCGGCAAGCAUACAGCGCUAAGCAACUCGAGCGUCUCGAAUCUGAAUUCAAGCUAGACAAAUAUCUCAGCGUUUCAAAGAGAAUGGAACUCUCCAAAGCGCUGGGCCUCACAGAGGUACAAAUCAAGACGUGGUUUCAGAACAGGAGGACGAAAUGGAAGAAGCAACUAACGUCUCGUAUUAAGAUCGCUCAACGUCAAGGAUUGUUCUCGGGACACAUCUUCGGACAUUCUCCCCAAACUUAUUCGCUUCUGAAUCCUUACGCGUAUGCGCCACUCAGUUGCGUGUUUACUCCUGUCACAAUACCAUCGUCGCCGCCAUGA